CCUCUCGCCUCAGCUAGUGCAGAGAUUACAGGCAUGAGCCAUCACACCCAGCCCAUUUCUUGUGACCCCUAAGUGCUCCGUGUCUAGCCUGGUGCUGUGAACAUUGGAGAUGCUGUACAAACACUCGUGCGGUGAAAGCCAGGAUACUGCUUCCUCUCACUGACCUCAGUUUUCUCAUCUGUAGAAUGGGGACAUCUCUAAAAAGCUGUUUUUAGAAUUGGACAAGAGAACAGACUGAAAAGCUCUGUACACUCUAAAGUAUUUUGCAAAUAAAAGGUGUAAGUACUCAGGUUUAAUCACUCUUUCUUGACGCCUUGAAUCAGCCAGGAGACAUCGCAAGGGCUGCGUUCUUCUUGUGCCCACAAGGUCCUGCUGGAUCACAUUCCCCUUCCAGCUGCCUCUGUUUCCCUGCCGUGGGAGCUCUUGUAGGGCAUGUGCUCAGGAACCGAACCUGGGACCUUCCAGAAGCUCCUAGUACCUUGCUACUCAAAGUGUGGUCCAUGGGCUGGCAGCAUUCCCGUCACCUGGCAGCUUGUUUGAAAUGUAAAAUACUUGAGCCCCACCCCGGACCCACUGAGUCUGAAACUCUGGAGGGGAGGCUUAGCAAUCCAUCAUAACAAAUUCGCCAGGGGAUUCUGUUGCACCUAAGUUCAAGGACGGCAGCGUUGGAAUACCAAAACCCUCUUUUCUCUCCAAAAUGAACGUAGGGGGUGCUUUCAUCUAAACGUAGUAAAUGUUUCUUCUUUGUUCUGUGGGCUUGAAUGUUUCUGACUUUGGUUGCCAGAAUUAGCUUAUUGUUGGCCUGGGGAAGAGGAAGCACCACCCUAUGCACAUAUACACCCACCACUCGUAAACCACAGCCUGGUGACGUUCAGCGCAUUUCCAGGACGACUGGUUGUGUUUUCAUGGGGAUUUCAUUUGCCGUCUGGGGGGAGCCUGGGGGCCUGUGCUUAUGAAUGGAUUUUAUCUUCCUGUGGGUGGAUUUUCUAUGGACUGCAGAGAACCUGAAGUAAAUUCCUGAAACAGGAACAGCUCUGGAUAGGUGCCUUGAGGACCAUUCGGGAACACGGGCUGCUGUGGAUUUGUAAUCCUGGCAAAGCAUUUGGCCCCACAGAUGCGAGCGUGAAAUUCAGGGACAGGAGGGCUGGCAAGAGGAGGGUGACUAGGGCCGACUUCUGAUUCACUGGGUUGUGGGCAGUUUUUGGAUCAUGGGCUUCAGCUGUGCCUUCUCCCCUUUCUCUCGCCGCCAAAACAUACAAGUGAAAACAAACCAACCAACCCAAAACCUGCCCUUGUGCAUUGCUGGUGGAAAUGUCAGCUGGUGCAGCCAUGAUGGAAAACGGUAUGGUGGUUCCUCAAACAACUAAAAAUAGAACCAACAUAUGACCCAGCAAUUCCAAUCCCGGGUAUAUACCCAAGAGAACUGAAAGUGGGAACUUGAACAGAUCUUUCUACACUCAUGUUCAUAGCAGCUUCAUUCACAAUAGCCUAAUAAAAAAAUCCCAGUGCCCAUCAGUGAAUGGAUAAACCAAAUGUGGGCUGUGCAUUCAAUGGACCAUUAUUCAGCCUUAAAAGGGAAGGAAAUUCUGACAUGUGUGGAUGAACCUUGAAGACAUUAUGCUAAGUCAAAUACGCCAGACACAACAGGCUUGUCCAUUUAUAUGAGGUACCUACAAUAGUCGAGUUCAUAGAGACAGAAAUGGUGGUUGCUAGGGGCUGGGAGGUAUUAUUUAAUGGGUAUAGGGUUUUAAUUUUGCAAGAUGAAAAGAGUUCUGGAGAUGGAGGGUGCUGAUGGUCGCACAACAGUGUCGAUGCACUUAAUGCCACUUACAAGUGGCUAAAGGGGUAAAUGUUAUUUACGUGCAUUUUACUACAACGAAAACAAGAAGCACCUCCCUCCACCACCAUCACUGAAAUUCUAGGCCAGUGUCCUGGAGAGGACGGAGGAGGGUCUCGCCCACCACCAGUGAUGCCCAGCCCUUGGUAGAGCUUGAACCACCUUCUAUAAACAGGAUGGCGGUGGAGAGACAGACCUGGUCCAUGAGUCCAUGAGGGGUGAGGCCCCUCCAGGCCCAAAGAUGGGGAACAUCACUGCAGACAACUCCUCGGUGGGCUGCACCAUCGACCACACCAUCCACCAGACGCUGGCCCCGGUGGUCUAUGUCAUGGUGCUGGUGGUGGGCUUCCCGGCCAACUGCCUGUCCCUCUACUUCGGCUACCUGCAGAUCAAGGCCCGGAACGAGCUGGGCGUGUACCUGUGCAACCUGACGGUGGCCGACCUCUUCUACAUCUGCUCGCUGCCCUUCUGGCUGCAGUACGUGCUGCAGCACGACAACUGGUCACACGGCGACCUGUCGUGCCAGGUGUGCGGCAUCCUCCUCUACGAGAACAUCUACAUCAGCGUGGGCUUCCUCUGCUGCAUCUCCGUCGACCGCUACCUGGCUGUGGCCCAUCCUUUCCGCUUCCACCAGUUCCGGACCCUGAAGGCGGCUGUGGGCAUCAGCGUGGUCAUCUGGGCCAAGGAGCUGCUGACCAGCAUCUACUUCCUGAUGCACGAGGAGGUCAUCGAGGACGAGGACCAGCACCGCGUGUGCUUCGAGCACUACCCCAUCCAGGCGUGGCAGCGCGGCAUCAACUACUACCGCUUCCUGGUGGGCUUCUUCUUCCCCAUCUGCCUGCUGCUGGCCUCCUACCAGGGCAUCCUGCGCGCUGUGCGCCGGAGCCACGGCACCCAGAAGAGCCGCAAGGACCAGAUCCAGCGGCUGGUGCUCAGCACCGUGGUCAUCUUCCUGGCCUGCUUCCUGCCCUACCACGUGCUGCUGCUGGUGCGCAGCCUCUGGGAGGCCAGCUGCGAGUUCGCCAAGGGCAUCUUCAACGCCUACCACUUCUCCCUCCUGCUCACCAGCUUCAACUGCGUUGCCGACCCCGUGCUCUACUGCUUCGUCAGCGAGACCACCCACCGGGACCUGGCCCGGCUCCGCGGGGCCUGCCUGGCCUUCUUCACCUGCUCCAGGACCGGCCGGGCCCGGGAGGCCUACCCACUAGGUGCCUCCGAGGCCUCCGGGAAAAGCGGGGCCCAGGGCGAGGAGCCCGAGCUGUUGACCAAGCUCCACCCGGCCUUCCAGACCCCCAACUCACCAGGGGCGGGAGGGUCCCCCACAGAUGCUUCGGCCUAGCCUGGGUCCCCCGUGGGUGGGGCCACGUGAGGCAGGAGCCUUCAGCCCACAGGCCUCAGGGUUGGCCACUUCCUGUUUCGCUCAGCACCAGUGCAGCUUUCUGCUGAGGCGGCGUGGCCCCUGUGACUCCGGAAGCCUGUUCUCACUUGCCGAGCCCACGGAGACCAUCGAGGGUGGGAAUAAGCCCUCGUCGGCUCAUGGUGGCCUCUGCCGCAGAGUAUGAUGUGGCCAAGCUGGGGCUGCUGGGGCGGGGAGACAGUGAACUGCGCUUCCCGGCCUGCUUCCUGCAGAGAGUUUGUGCAUGGGGACUGUGAGGACGUGGAUGGUGGGAGCCUGGGGGUUUACCUGCCAGGGCUUCCAGUGCCACUGUUGUCACAGACAAUGUGUGUCCAGAUGCCCCGGUGGGACCAGCACUGGAGUCCUACCCACAACAGUGUGGGAAGUGAAGACUGGAGGGGAAAGGAAGGCAG